AUGGACCAUGGAUCUUUAGGUAUUAGUAAUGCAAAGAUAUUCAACACAUGCAUUAGUAUGGUUAACGGCCUUCAGGCUAGGGGUGGCAAUUGGGCGGGUUGGGUUACAUUUGGGCGGGUCAAAAUGGGUCAAGACCCAACCCAAAUUUGUUUGGGCCAAAAUGGAUUGGAUCAAAAUGGGUUUGCUUUUUCUCAACAUUGGUGGAAGUUAAAUGCCAGUCUUUUGAAUUCUACUUCUGGAAUUUCCACAUCCUGGAUCAACAGGCCGGUUUUUAUUGCUAAUUCCACUGCGAACUUCUAUGCAGCGACACCCAUCCUUCUGAGUGGAACCACUGGCCCUAGGUACCACAUUUGUGGCUUCUACUGCAAUUACAGUGCCACGGAGUGUGUUCUUGAAUAUCGAUUAUAUAUAUAUGAACCACAAUUAGUAUGGUCUGCUAACAGGAACCGUCCUGUGAACGUCAAUGCAACGUUGCAACUAGGCCAAGAUGGAAACUUGGUUCUGACAGAUUCUGAUGGCACUCUUGUUUGGUCCAGUAAUACUACUGGAAAAUCUGUUUCAGGCUUAAACUUGACAGAAACGGGGAAUCUCGUGCUCUUUGACAAAGCCAAUAGCGCAAUUUGGCAAUCUUUUGAUCAUCCUACGGAUUGUUUGCUCCCGGGGCAGAAUUUGGUUUCAGGACAGAAACUCAUAGCAAGUGUUUCAGCAUCCAAUUGGAGUGAAGGUUUGUUUACUCUUACUAUUCGAAAUGGAAGCUGGGCUACUUACAUAGACACUGAUCCACCUCAGUUUUACUACUCUUCACCUUAUUCGGAUAACCGUUAUUUCAGUUUUGAUGGUCAAACCUUUACUGCUUUAAAACACCCUCCUAGACCAGCACCACAGUUCAUCAAGCUUGGGGCUGAUGGACAUUUACGCGUAUACCAACAGGGUAACUUUUUUCAAUGGACAGAGGUAUCUGACAUUUUAACGCCGGAUUUUGGGAACUGUGGGUACCCAAUGGUGUGUGGAAGAUACAGCAUUUGUUCAAAUGAUGGGCAAUGUAGCUGUCCAGUUGAAGGAAACUUCUUCACGCCAUUUAACGAUAGGAGACCGCAUCUUGGAUGUACGGAGUUAACAUCCAUUUCUUGUGACUCUUCGCAGUAUCAUAGACUCGUAGAGCUCAAGUACACCACAUAUUUUGCAGUUGACUUUAAUGUCUAUCAACUAAGUUCGAGCUUAUGGUCUGAGGCAAAAAAGUUAGACGAUUGCAAAAGGGCCUGUCUGAGUAAUUGUUCUUGCAAAGCUAUUGUUUGGGCUCGGACUCAAAUGAAAAACUGCUUAUUCCUGAAUGAAGUCUUUUCACUCAUAGACAAAGAGGAAAGAGUAUACAACAACAUGACCGUCUUUCUUAAGGUACAUAAUUCGUCAAAUGAGCAGAUCAAUCAUUCACCAAACAUUUCACCUGGAAAGAAAUCCAAGCCUUUCAAAGUGAUAACAGGAUAUACUCUCGCAGCUUUCUUUGGGAUAAUUUUAAGUAUCACUAUUUGUUUUAUUAUUGUGAAAAGGAGGAGAUAUGAGUCAAGGAAGGCUGGUGAUUUUAUGGAUCUAGAACCACUCUUACCAGGAAUUCUAACUCGAUUCUCUUACAAUGACUUGAAAAUAAUUACAGAAGAUUUCAACAGAAAGCUCGGGGAAGGAGGAUUUGGCUCCGUAUAUGAAGGAACACUCAGUGAUGGAACCAAAAUAGCUGUGAAACAUCUGGAUGGUGUAGGUCAAGUAAAGGAUUCAUUCUUAACAGAAGUAAAGAUACUCGGUAGUAUUCAUCAUGUCAAUCUGGUAAAACUCAUAGGAUUUUGUGGCGAAAAGAGCGAGAGUUUUCUGAUCUAUGAGUACAUGGUAAAUGGAUCUUUGGAUAGGUGGAUUUCUCCUGAAAAUGAAGAGAAUGGACUUAAAUGGCACACAAGGAAAAGGAUUAUAUCAGAUAUUGCGAAAGGGUUAGCUUAUCUACAUGAGGAUUGCAGCCAUAAGAUAAUUCAUUUGGACAUCAAACCACAAAACAUCCUUCUAGAUCAAUAUUUCAAUGCUAAGAUAUCUGAUUUUGGAUUGUCGAAACUAAUUGAGAAAGACGUAAGCAAAGUUGUGACUAGAAUGAGAGGAACACCGGGGUAUUUAGCACCUGAAUGGUUGAGCUCAGUAAUCACUGAGAAAGUUGAUGUGUAUGCUUUUGGAAUUGUACUCUUGGAAAUUCUCUGUGGGCGAAAGAAUUUGGAUUGGUCCCAAGCUGAUGAAGAAGAUGUCCAUUUGCUAAGUGUAUUUAGGAGAAAAGCAGAACAAGACCAACUCAUGGAUAUGGUUGACAACAACAACGAGGAUAUGCAGGUCCACCGAGAAGAAAUCACAGAGAUGAUGAGCAUCGCUGCAUGGUGCCUACAAGGCGAUUUUGCCAAGAGGCCUUCCAUGUCAUUGGUGGUUAAGGUACUGGAAGGUUUGGUGACUGUUGAAACAAACUUGGAUUAUAAUUUCAAAAAUGUAGCAAAGGUUGAGGCAGGCAACAAACAGAGGGAAGCCACUUUCAGUUCAAAAUUUCCUUCAAUUUUAUCGGGACCAAGGUAA